AUGGAGAACUCAAAGAAAGGGGAAUUACCAAUCCAAAGUAAUGCCAAGUUGAGUAAGACUCAGAGUUCGAGUAUUGAAGUAGAGAUAACAGAGAUGAGUCGAGUACCUUACGCUUCCGCAGUUGGCUCAAUCAUGUAUGCUAUGACUUGUACUCGCCCUGAUGUGUCCUUCGCUUUAAGCAUUGUCAGCAGAUAUCAAGGGAACCCUGGCAAAGCACAUUGGAUCGCAGUAAAGAAUAUUCUUAAGUACCUUCGGAGGACCAAGGAAUGGUUCCUAGUCCUCGGGGGGAGUGAUGACUUAAAGGUGCGAGGGUACAGUGACGCUAGUUUUCAGACCGACCGAGACAACUACUGUUCGCAGUCGGGGUGGGUCUUUACUCUUAAUGGAGGAGCAAUGACUUGGAAAAGUUCCAAACAGGAGACCGUAGCUGAUUCAACAUGCAAAUUAGAGUACAUCGCAUCAAGCGAAGCGUCAAAGGAGGAAAUAUGGUUGAAGAACUUCAUUGGAGACCUUGGAGUUGUGCCAGCCAUAGAGGAUCCCAUGGAAAUUUUCUGUGAUAAUGAAGGAGCGGUUGCCUUGACCAAGGAACCCAAGGAUCAUGGCAGAUCUUGA